CUUACAGGGCACACCUGUCUCCAAACCUACUGUGGCUUCAAGCUAAUGUCAUAGCACUCCUUCACGCUCCCUCACACCCUUCUCUAGUCCUAAAACACCAAUAUCAACUUUGGUUGAAGGGAAAUAACGACAUCGGCAUUAAAUUGGACCCAUCCCAUUCAUAGCCCAAGAAAAACAUACGAAAUUGAGACCUGCCUUUUUGGGAUGUGUGGAUGUAGCUGCCAUGAACAAUACAGGUGAAUCUAACUGGAGGUCAGAAUUGAAAGCCGCCGAACGUUAUGAUAACAUUGAAAAACUGUGGGUGAUCUCACUGUGCAGACACAAAUAUCCAAGACUAAUUGUUCUUAGGAGAAAGAGUAUUGAAACGAAGGGAUUAGACUCUACAGGCAAUUCACACAAGAUAGCCUUUGCAGCUGAAACGGAUGCUUAUAACACUUCAGAGUCAAGAGUCAGUUGAUCAAUAUCUCUUUACUUUAAAAGUUUCUAUAUUUACAUCACAUGACCUACCCCAUCUUUUGCUUGGUAUUCUAAAUCUGAUGGCCAGUUUAGGAAGCGUAUGAAGCUGCUUGUAAGACCGUCACAGAUAUUAGCUCUCCAAGCAAUGCGCCCCAAUCUAUCGAAACAUUACCCGCAAACAAUACAAUAUCCAUCGGCCAAUACACUGGCUGCCACCACAUAGCAAGUGGACUCGUCUCCGAAGUAUACAGAACCACAACCGUAGCACUAAAAGUCAUAACCGAAACCCGAAACGUAGAACCCCACAACCCACUCCGAGAAAUCAAGAUCUUAUCCCAGAUAUCCCACAAAUCCAUCAUCCAACUAAUCUCAACAUUCAAAGAUGGCGAAGGACGACUCGUUCUCGUCUUUCCCUUUAUGCCUCUCACUCUCGCCAAAGUCAUAGAAUCAGGCUCGGUACCUAAGAGUGUUACAAAAUCAUGUUUCCAUGACCUAUUUUCUGCUCUGGAGUACCUCCACAAUGCCGGGAUAAUACAUCGAGAUAUCAAGCCUUCAAAUACCCUCCUCGCAUCCCCAACUGGUCCCGCAUAUCUCUCGGAUUUCGGAACUACAUGGCAUCCAACACUCUCCCUCGUCGAUGAGCCCGCCAACCAUAAAGUAAUUGAAGUAGGCACUUCCUGCUAUCGAGCACCAGAAACUCUGUUUGGUAAUCGAUCCUACGACACCAGUCUCGAUAUGUGGGCCGCUGGUACCAUGUUAGUCGAAUGUCUAAGGAACCCGCCAAAAUCCCUCUUUGUAUCUCCUGAUACUUCGGAAGAUGGGAAUCAACUCGGUCUUAUCUUGAGUAUUUUCAAGACUAUCGGGACGCCUACGAAAGAGACGUGGCCGGAAGCGCUGAAUUUCUCUACGCCUCCUUUUCAAUGGUAUCAGGAAUUUCCCGGCAAGUCAUGGGAUGAGCUUUUGGAGGGUAUCGAUGGGGAUGGAAGGGAUUUGGUGCAGAAUUUGGUUUGUUAUGAAAGUGGGAAGAGGUUAUCGGCUUCCAAGGUAAGUUCUAUGCCGCUUUUUCUCUGGUUUCGACUGAUAUCUUGUAGGCGUUGGAACAUCCAUAUUUUAUUGAGGGGUAGUGGACAAACCCUUUUAGAGAUCAGCAAGUGUAGAACUAUUU